UGGUCUUGUUGGCACUUGCUUGCUUCGUGAUGGCGAACAAUGAAACGCUGCCGGAGUUAAAAAAGUCCAAGGGACAUGACCAGUUACUAGGUGAUUCGGAAAGCGAGCUGAACCGUAAACUCCUUGAGCUCGCAGCGCAAGAAGAAGAUACUGAAGAAUGGCGUAGAAAGUUCAAAAAAAUGUCCCAGGAGUUGGCUAAAAAGAAGGCAAACCAGGACAUCCCUGACAAGAAUGAUGAACAAUACAAUAACCAGUCAAUAACUGAGCUCCAAGAUGCAGCUUCUAAUAAAGAUCAACUCAUCAAGGCAGUCCGAACAAAACUUACAGCAUUCAGCGGUCCAUUGUCAUCUCCUGCUAAAAAUUCAUUAACAAGUUUAGAUAAAAAAUGGUACAGUCUCUCCGAUGAUAGCAAGAAAGGAGCCCUAGACACAUUAGGUGUCAUAUCCUCAAACAUCGAGGUGUUUGGCAAUGCUGGCGAAGACCCUGUAGGUGCAAUAAGAGGAGCUAUUGACAUCGUUGCCUCCAUAUCCAGCAAUUUUGGACCAAAAGGCCAGCUUGCAAGUGUGGCUCUAGGCUUUGUCUCUGCUAUACUUGGCUUAUUUGGUAAAGGACCGAAACCGAAGCCUUUGAGUGAAGUUGUCAGAGAGCAGAUAGAUGAGGCUCUGGCGCAAUAUCGCGAAGAGGACCUAAUUAGAAAAAAGAAUGGUCUGGUAUAUGCAUUUCGACUCACUAAAGCGUACUUAGACGGAGCUGCAAGGUCUGGUAGACGCUUAAGUGAUAAGGGAGCGGUUGCGGCAACAGUUGAAGUGGGAAGAUCAAAAGGUGUAGCGUUUAUGGGAGAGCUCGUCAGUGAAAUAAGGGACAUGUUCCGCAAGAACAGUGACGCAAGAAAAGCCAUUAGAUAUUGUGAGAUGUACGCACAGUUGGCUUUAUACCGUGAUAUCAUCUUGACACAGUUCAUUGGCAUGCUUCCACUCACUAAAGAUUUGGAAAGUCACCUGGAUGGUUAUACAUCCGAUCGAGAUACGUUUAGAAGUAUGUCACGAGCGGUACUUGGCAAACUUUACGAAGUCAACUUCGAUAAUGCAAUCAUUCCCUAUUUUGAUCCAGAGGUCAGCGUCAUUACGGAUGCUUUAUCCACUAAGCUAUUGAAUUUGGGUAAAUACGAUCGUUCCAUGGCUGGUCUGCAUUGCCUUAUGACCCCAGGGACAACUGGACUAGAAGAUCUUGAUUGGCAAAGAGGGGAUAAGAAGUUCAAACCUGCUGGCAAUCCAUACACUACAUCGGUGAGGCAGGACAACAGCCGCUGUUACUGGAAACUUAUACCACACCCAGGUCACACGUACACCAUUCUGAAUAUGUACGAAUGCAAACGGAAGUGGGACUACUGUGGCUCGAUGUUAUCAUGGACAACAGUUGAUGGCAAUGCCUAUGUAGACCUCGACUCGGGUGACCCUGUUUUGUGGGAAAUCCAGGGCAGUGACUGGAAAUUUAUUCGAAACAAACAGGGCUGUGGUAAGAAGAAAAGUAAAUGGUGCAACUUCCAUCUAAGGAUUCAAAACCGACAAAUUACAACAUUAAUCGUUAGUCCGUGGCGUGGAGCUCGUAGAAUUACGACCAAUAAACGAGUUGGGCAACUGGUUCCUUCAAAUGGCAAAUACUACUGGAAGACAAGAAGGGCAUGAUGAUUGACAAGGCAUCAAUCUUCAAAAUAAAAGAUGCUUAUGACAAUAGUGAUAAUGAUAAUGAAUGCUUGUCGAAUAUUGAA